ACAAAUAUCUAUCUGCCAUAUCAUUCUGCAAUCACUUUGUUAUUCUCUUCUCUUUUCUCCUUCAAUGGCGACGGUUCCUCUAGAAUCUCUUCACCAUCAUCACUCUCAUCGCAUAGACUACUCAAAUUCACGCCUGAAUCUCAACAAAGCGAAGCGAUUCUCAUUCAACUGCACCACUCGCCGUCCAUUUCCAUCACGCGCCGGCUUCUGUAACUUCAUACCAUCUCAAAGAACUUUCCUAGUUAAAGCCGUCUCAACCGAUUCCGCCUUACUAAACACCGCUACUGAAACCGCUGCCGAUAUUGUAUUUCAGGAGACAUUUCCGUUGAAACGAACUGAUAAGGUGGAGGGGAAGAUAUUUAUUAGAUUGGUAAAUGGGAAUGAUCAAAAUAAUUGGAAGCUUGUUAUAGGAUGUAAUAUUCCAGGAAAGUGGAUUCUUCAUUGGGGUGUUAACUUUGCUGAAGAUGUUGGCAGUGAAUGGGAUCAACCUCCAGUUGAGAUGAGACCUCCUGGUUCUGUUCCAAUUAAGGGUUAUGCCAUAGAGACUCCCUUGAAGGAGACAUCAGAUGAAGGGAGGGUGCUUCAUGAAGUAACUAUUGAUUUCAACAUUAAUACAGAGAUUUCAUCUAUAAAGUUUGUUUUGAAGGAUGAGGAAACUGGAACCUGGUGUCAGUACAAGGGAAGAGAUUUCAAGGUGGCUUUGUUUGAUUACGCCGAUGAAGACAGUAACACCAUAGGGGGCGAAAAUGGUCUCAAUGCAUGGCCAGGUGCUUUAGGGAAAGUAUCAAACAUGCUUUUAGGAUCAGAACAAGAUCAACCCUUAGAUGAGAGUGGAUCAGGAAAUGCCAUUAAGCAGAUCAGAAGGCUUGGAGGUUUCAACGAGGAGUAUACUAUUCUAAAAGAAGUUACUGUUCAGAACAAAGUGGAUGUUUCAAUGAGAAAGUGCAGAGAUACAGCAAAGAAUAUAUUGUAUCUGGAAACAGAUCUACCCGGAGAUGUUCUUGUUCACUGGGGUAUUUGCAGGAAUGACAGCAAAAAGUGGGAGAUCCCAGCUGAUCCUUACCCAUUGGACACAAAAGUGUUCAAGAAAAAGGCACUGCAGACUUUACUGAAGAGAAGAAAGGGUAGAGAUGGUUCUUCUGGAACAUUCUCUUUGGAUGAAGGUUAUACCGGAUUUAUGUUUGUACUGAAGCUAAGUGAUGGGACCUGGCUGAACUGCAAGGGAAAUGACUUCUACAUUCCUCUUCCUAGUUCAAGUGUCAGGACACAAACCGUAAAUCUAUCCGAAGGUGUUGUUGAAGAAUCUGUUUCAUAUACUGAAGGUGUUGUUGAAGAGUCUGUUUCAUAUAUUGAAGGUGUUGUUGAAGAGUCUGAUCCAUAUACUGAUGGGAUCAUUAACGAAAUUAGAAGCUUAGUGACUGAUAUUUCUUCCGAGAAAGGUGGGAUCAUGAAAUCAAAAGAAGCUCAAGAAAGUAUUCUUCAUGAAAUUGAAAAGCUUGCCGCGGAAGCCUAUAAAAACUUCAGAAGUUCUACUCCAACAUUUUCAGAGACUGAUGUUUUAGAACCUGAGGUGCUAAAACCUCCUGUGAAUAUAUCUUCCGGGACAGGUUCUGGAUUUGAGAUUCUCUUGCAAGGAUUUAACUGGGAGUCCCAUAAAUCUGGAAAAUGGUACAUAGAUCUCAAAGAAAAAGCAUCUGAAAUAUCCUCUCUUGGUUUUACCGUUGUUUGGUUACCACCACCAACAGAGUCUGUGUCUCCUGAAGGCUACAUGCCAAAGGAUUUGUAUAACCUGAACUCCAGGUAUGGGAACAUUGAGGAACUGAAGCUUCUAGUUACUAGGUUCCACAAGUCUGGUGUCAAAGUUCUUGGAGAUGUUGUUCUAAAUCAUCGAUGUGCACAUUAUAAAAAUGCAAAUGGAAUCUGGAAUUUAUUUGGUGGUCGUCUGAACUGGGAUGACCGAGCAAUUGUGGCAGAUGAUCCUCAUUUUCAGGGGAAGGGAAAUAAGAGCAGUGGAGAUAACUUUCAUGCUGCCCCAAAUAUUGAUCAUUCGCAGGAUUUUGUAAGGAAGGAUAUUAAAGAAUGGUUAUGCUGGUUGAGGGAAGAAAUUGGAUAUGAUGGAUGGAGGCUUGAUUUUGUUAGAGGUUUUUGGGGUGGUUAUGUAAAAGACUACUUGGAUGCAAGUGGGCCUUAUUUUGCUGUUGGUGAGUAUUGGGACAGUCUCAGUUACACGUUUGGAGAAAUGGAUCAUAAUCAAGACACUCAUAGGCAGAGAAUUAUUGACUGGAUCAAUGCUACUAAUGGAACUGCGGGUGCAUUUGAUGUCACCACAAAAGGAAUUCUUCACGCUACACUGGAUAGAUGUGAAUAUUGGCGAUUAUCUGAUCAAAAGGGAAAGCCACCCGGAGUUGUUGGGUGGUGGCCAUCUCGUGCUGUCACAUUUAUCGAGAAUCAUGAUACUGGCUCUACACAGGGUCAUUGGAGAUUCCCAGGUGGAAAGGAGAUGCAAGGGUAUGCUUACAUCCUAACUCAUCCUGGAACACCAGCUGUUUUCUAUGAUCAUAUAUUUUCCCAUAUGCAAUCUGAGAUUGCAGCCCUUAUAUCUCUCAGAAACCGGAAUAAGAUCAACUGUCGGAGUACUGUUAAUAUAGUAAAGGCUGAAAGAGAUGUAUAUGCUGCUCUAAUUGACGACAAAUUAGCAAUGAAAAUGGGACCAGGUCAUUACGAGCCAUCGGGGAAAUGGUCCUUGGUUCUCGAGGGAAAUGAUUACAAGGUAUGGGAAGAAAAAUCAUGAAUUUAUAUAAAUAAGGUAAACGAAGAACAUUUUACACUUGUAUGAGACGCGGUAUUUAUACAACUUGCUAAACCGCAUUGGCGAGGCAAGAAAAAUGAAUUUCCAAAUUAUAUAUAUAUUAUUAUUGUAUUUAUAUACUGGAAGGAUAAACAACCCACAUUGGAUUUUGUAUAUGUUUACUUGUUUAUACCAUUUGUUGUAUUAAAAUUGUAAUGGUUCUAAUUUA